AUCAGAUCACUCAAAAUGUAUGUUCAGGUCAUAUUUUUGCAGGUUCUAUUAGAUAAUUUCAACAAACAUCUAAAAUCUUCUUUCCUCACAAAGGUGAGCUCCAUUAACAGCUCAGAGCAACAGCAUGAAGAGGAGCACAAUGAUGUCCAGACCUCAGAUGAGACCAAAGAUGCUUUCUCCUGUGAACAGAAGGUGCAGAUAGCAGCUUUUGUCUCCCGAGCUUCUGACAGACCAGGCCUGGAGGACAACCUCUUUCUACCCAGCAAGCAGAGCCAGGGUCUGUCAACAUCCUUAUCCCAGUCCAUAGAAAUCUUCCAAGAACUCCAGCAGGAGUGCAUGAGGAGGCUCAACGUGCCGGCGGCAGUCGCUGCUCGGUCAAGCUCCCCGUCCCAGACCUGGGCUUCAUCUCCCCAAACUCCUCAGACCCAGGAGGGAGACCAGCAGAUUGUCCUCUCCUCCAAUGAGGACAAACCCCAAAUACCUCCACGCGUUCCUAUCCCCCCUCGCCCGAUAAAAAGGGGCGACUACACAUCUGCCCGCUGGUCAAGGGAUCUCUCUCUGUCCCCGACACUAGCAGACAAUACAGAGGACAUUUCAGCUUCAGAUCAGAACCGGCCACCUCAGAUCCCUCCUAGGGACCCUUUGUCCCAGUCGGGCUCCAGGACUCCUAGUCCCAUGGGCCUGUUAGUGGGUUCCCCCCAGCAGAGAGUUUACUCUGUCAGUCCCACUGCCAUGCAGGUUCCUCCUAUAUCCUGCCCUCCCCAACACACCUAUGGCUCCUACCUCUCCACCUCUCCAGGUAAAUUCAUGCCUACCACACACAGCUUUGCCUCAGAUCCAAAAUAUGCUGCGCCCAAAGUGAUCCAGGCACAGGGGAAGGACUCCACCAGUAAAGGCCCGUGCAUUCUUCCCAUUGUACGUGAUGGACGUAAAGUUAGUAACACCCACUAUUACCUCCUGCCGGAGAGGCCGCCGUACCUUGACCGAUACGACCGCUUUUUCAGGGAGGCAGAGAGUCUUCCUGUCAGUGUUCUGGAAGAGAGACAUGUACGGCAAGCUAACACUGCCACUGUCAGACCCAUGGUGGUCAACAGUCCGACCGUCCAGGGACAUGCCCAGGGACAGGGUUUCGUUCAGCCGGGUGAGCUGAAAGCUAAUUUCUCGUCCAACAAUAACAGCAGUCUGGGUGGACCACGGUCAGGGAUGAGGACAUCACUUAGCCUCCCUCGCGUCUGUUCAGACGGGUUGACAGCACCAGUGGUCACUGCCUCCUGUACCAGGACAGAUGGAGGAGGAAACUCAGCUGACAAGGUCAAAAUGGUGCAGGAGGCAGUUCACGGUGUGACGAUGGAGGAGUGCCAAGCUGCCCUCCAGAAGCACAACUGGAACAUCCAGAAAGCUGUGCAUUACCUGAAGGUGGAGCAGUUGUUCUGUUUGGGUCUGAGGAGCAGGCUGGAGUGUCUAAAGCUGCUGGAGAUGUGUGACUGGAACCUGGAGGUGGCCAGCACUCAGAUGUUAGAUAACUAUGGAUCCACAAGGCAGAGACGGUGACAGAAAUCUCAAGCUGCUGAGCUCUGAUUAGAACUUCAUCCUCGGAAAAACAUUGUGAAUGAAUAACACAAAUCUGCUUAGUUAUGGCUCCAUUCAUGCUAUGAAACAGGAAUUUAAUUUGGUGGCGAAAAGAUGAAUUUGGAUCAUAUUUUUUGGUUGGAAAAAUAUGCCAUUGUUGCACUUCUUAGAAAGGUGCAGACGGUCGGUCGCACCCACAAUUGUUUCAAAGUUGUGAAGAGGCAUAAAAAAAAAAAAAGGCCAGACAAACUGUUCUGUCACAGAUUCUGCUAUAAAUACACUGAUGAUCGGAUGCAGAGAAAUACUGAUUCACAGUCGAGUUGGGAGUGAAGCUGACGAUGAGUUGACGAGCACAAUGUAUACAUUAGCACUUUCUAAAGAAGUAUUGUGUCAGAGUUUGCCGAGCGCUUGCACAGUUUGACUGAAAACUGGGAUCUCAUUUACUCGUCAUUGUCCUGAACUGUGUACUGUACACGUAGACCAGUGAAAGUUGCAGGUGCAGGAUCUGCAUUAACACUUGAAGCAAUUGUUCUCAAGAUCAGUGUGUAUGAAAUAAGUUCUAUUUCACUGUAAAACAUCAGUCCGCCACAAAUCACGCAGCUAAUAUUGAGGUUAUUUUGCAGGUUAUUUUCCUGUUGACUGUUAUCAGGUUUUAUUAGUAUGACAAUUUUCCAUGAUUAUGUGCAUUUUGAGGUUCAGUAAAGUUAGUUUUAACAUAGUAAUGCACACUGUGUGAUGGGAGUCAAAGGUCAAGCGAGUCUGGAGAAUGGAGCAAAUGAAUGAGAACAGAAGUCAAUAAUGGUAGUAUUCCCAUUAUACACUUCAAUUAAUGAGACACUUAUUGUAAUAUAUUUUAAAGACAAAGCUCAGUGAUAAGACUAAUUUCCAUUAUCGGCUAUGCCAAUAAAAUGACUUGAAUGAAAUACUGGGGGUUAUUUUCUCAAAGAUAGACUUCAUCUGAACUAACUUUGCACAAAGCCCUUUCUAAAAUCUCAAUCAUUUUCUAAAACAUUCUGGGUAAAUGAAGUUCUUUUUUCCCACGUUAAAACACAAGAGGAUCUCAAACUAAGCAAAAGUGAAUUGCUCGACUGCCCUGACUCAAGCACCAAAGUUCACUGUGGAAGAACUCAACGUAGAAAUGUCAUUACAGAAAACCUGCAGUGGAAUAACAGUUUAGCUCAGUUUACACCACAAGAACUGCUCUAAAAGUUAAACCAAUCUUAAUUAUCUUUGUGCAACUGGCCACUGAUUUCUAUUUCUGACUGUAUAUUAUAGUCAUAUACUUUUGAACUACCUUUGCCCUCACAGAACUCCUGUGCACGUGCUCAAAACUCCUUAUUGUUUUCUGAUAUUGGCAGUUCAUAACACUGAUGUAGUGAAAGCUGCCUAAUCAUCACAUACACGGUGUUGUUUUGGUCAACAGAGUCUGAAGCAAUAUUUCAAAAAACAUUUCUACAUGUCAGCUGUGAAUGAACGCACUUCUGGACGUAACAAUAUUUCUUCUCAGUGUGGAAAACCUUUUUUUCAGACACAUUUAGCUUGUGACAACUCAUCUGGAUGAAAAAGCAAUUUAAAAUAAAAAAUAAAAUGCAUUGAAAUCCGCUUUUAUGCGGUCGACCAAAUGCUGAAAGCAGUGUUUAGCUUUGGUCAUCACAUAUGAUCCCUGUGGUGCUGUUUUCUAUAGCGUAAAGCAACUAACCACCUGGUACUCAUCUAUUUAAUUACCAUAUAAAGGUCUAUGGCCAUAUGUAUGCACUGGAGUUGCUCCAUACGUCGAACACAUCCUUGUGUCCACAAACCCCACCCAGUAUGUAACACAACCAAGCACAAUCUGUUUCGAUUAAAACAGAGAAUAUUUUUCAAGGACGGACUGGAAUGAUUGUAGAAAGCCAGUCGUCCCUUUUCUCCCGUGUGCAAUAAGGCUGCUGUAUAACCUGUGAACCCCCAGUCUGUCUGUCUGUCUGUCUGUCUGCCUGUCGUCAGUGCCACACAGUCAUGAAGAAACCAUUCAGCUUUCGUCUCUGAAAUGUCGUGUCCUGGUAAUUAAAUGCACAGUUUUCAGUGUAAUGUGUUUCAUCCUCCCCAGAGUAGGAUGAAGCUGUCCUCAAACACUGGUCCAGAGUCAGUUUUUUUUUUCCCAUAAUGCCCUCUGGGGUUUGUGUUGGCAAAGCUGACUUUAAAUCGGUGUGGAAGGACAACUUGUGAGAGCUGCCUCUCGUCUGUCCGUGUGUUUGUCUUCAUACCAAGCUGCUGUAUCUGUAUUAGAAGGACUGAACCUCAUGGUGUUGAGAUCGACACAAAGCAAUAUUGUGCCGUCGACACCGAUGUUGGAAAAAAACCUCUGUUCAGUUUCGUCUUUGUUUUAUCACAAACUGUAUUUUUUUGUUGUUGUUGUUGUUGUUGCUGAUUUUCCUUCAGACCAACUUGUCAUUUCUUGCAACUUUGUACACGUUUGCUCCCCAGGAUGUGGUUCAUUUUAAAUGCCGACCGUACAGGUGGUUUUCUUUGUUGCUCUCCUCCUGGGUUAAUGGAAAUGUUUAAGAGAAGUCAAUGCUGCCAAUUUAUAAAUGUAUUUUUUAUUAAAGAGUUCAUUAUUUUUUA